UAGUAGUCGAGGGUAGAAAGAAGUAAACUUUUUAACCAUGUGGAUUUAUUAAGCUAUUUCGUGACCGUGGACAAUGCGAGUGGACCCUCUCUCCUUUUAGAAUACGGCAAGUGCUUUUGGUCACCCGCUAGUCUUGCACCAUGCUGAGUUUCCUCCGCCGGACUCUGGGCCGGCGGUCCAUCCGUAAGCACGCGGAGAAAUCUCGCCUUCGAGAGGCACAGCGAGCCACCACACACAUCCCUGCCGCAGGCGACGCCAAGUCCAUCAUCACCUGCCGAGUGUCCCUACUGGACGGAACAGAUGUCAGUGUGGAUCUACCGAAAAAAGCGAAAGGUGAGGAGCUGUUUGACCAGAUUAUGUACCACCUGGACAUCGUAGAGAAGGACUACUUUGGCCUGCGCUUCAUGGACUCAGCGCAAGUACCGCAUUGGCUUGACGUAACAAAAAGCAUCAAAAAACAAGUGAAGAUCGGACCCCCCUACUGCCUUCACAUGAGGGUCAAGUUCUACUCGUCAGAACCCAACAACCUGCACGAAGAGCUGACCAGAUACCUCUUCGUAUUACAGCUAAAGCAAGACAUUCUCAGUGGCAAGUUAGAGUGUCCCUUUGAUACAGCCGUGGAAUUGGCUGGAUUUUCACUGCAAGCUGAGCUGGGAGACUGUGACCCCACAGAGCACGCUCUAGACCUGGUGUCAGAGUUCCGCUUCACGCCAGAGCAGACGGAAUCCAUGGAGCUGGCCAUCUUCAACUCCUGGAAGGAAUGCAGAGGUCAGAUGCCGGCGCAGGCAGAGAUCAACUACCUGAACAAAGCAAAGUGGCUGGAGAUGUAUGGAGUGGACAUGCACAUGGUUAAGGCACGAGAUGGUAAUGAGUACAGCCUAGGCCUAACCCCCACUGGAGUGCUGGUGUUUGAGGGAGAGACCAAGAUCGGACUCUUCUUCUGGCCUAAGAUCACUCGUUUGGACUUUAAGAAAAGCAAGCUGACCUUGGUGGUGGUAGAGGAUGAUGAACAGGUACAGGAAGCAGAAGAGGGGAAGGAGCAGGAGCACACGUUUGUGUUCCGCAUGGACCACCCCAAGGCCUGCAAGCACCUGUGGAAGUGUGCCGUGGAGCACCACGCCUUCUUCCGGCUGCGCGGCCCCGUCCAGAAGGGCUCGGCGCGCUCCGGGUUCAUCCGCAUGGGGUCCCGCUUCCGCUACAGUGGGAAGACGGAGUACCAGACCACCAAGGCUAGCAAGGCCCGACGGUCGGCCUCCUUCGAGAGGAGACCCAGUCGCCGGUACUCCAGAAGAACCAUGCAGAACAGGGGCCACAACAAACCCCCAGAAUCUUUCUCCUCUACGAAUACACACAACAAUGGAGUCAGUGCUGGUAAAGACACUAAGCCCCCACCUUUCACCCGAGGCGCCUGGUCGGCCAUGCCCGUGGUCAACACGGCCCCCCCCUCCGCCUGCGGCCCCGUGGAAAUCGAAACCCUCCCCAGGAGCCCUGGCGGCAGCCAAUCAGAGAAGAGGAGUGUGCCCCUUGUGGCCGAUCUGUUGGAGACCUGCAUCGAUGAUGUCAUCCGGACACCUGUUCCCAUAGCGACAUCAGGCCUGCCAGAGGAGGCGGGUCCCAGUGCAGCUCCCUCCGCCUCCAGUGUGGCUGCAGACGACAGCCUCUCUCUCACUGAAGCAGCGGCCCGUCUGAAGCAGCUGGAGCUGGAGGCGGGCCAGGGCCCAGGACCCACCAGGACAAACAUCAACAUGAACAUGAACAACCAGGAGGAUGUGGUGAAGCUGACAGAGAAGUGUCUGAACAGUGUGGGCACCAGCCCGCAGCUUGCUCCACUGCGCCCCCCGGAGGACCUGAAAAGCAACAUCCUCAAGGCCCAGGCGGAGGCCGCUCUCAAGGGCGCCGUGGAGGAGCACGUCGUGAUGGGGGACAAGAACUGCAACAUGCAGGAGGCUGCUGCCAGGUUGAAGGUGCGUAGCGGACGCAUGGGCAGCAACUCCUCUCUCUCUCUGAGUGGACGAGCUGAACGGCAGGAGUCAUGGGACCUCCUCAAACCUACUCUCAUCUCUGCCGGACCUAGUGAAGAAAUGUUGGCGGAGGAUCUGAUGCCGUCCCUACCCAUAAUUCCUUCUGAGACUACUAACGAUGGCCUAGUUGCUAAGGCUAAAGCUGAGGACCAGGAGCAGGCCAGUGUCCCUCUGACUGAAAACCUGAUAGACUUCACAGACCCGACCCCAGUACUCCCCCCGGUCCAGCCCAAGCCUGUGAUCACGACACCUCGCUGGAUCGUUCCCACGGCGGCACCCGCCGGUGUCUUUACUAACGGCCUCCUCGACCUUGACCCCCCCGCCAAGGUCACAGCUCCUCUGCAGCCCGAUGGAGGGGCUCUGGCCGGCCCCCCUCAACUCUGUCAGACACACAAUGUGAUCGCGACCAGCGUUGUGGGCCAGCAGGCGUCUACGGAGGACGGACACAAGCCCAAGGGUCUGCUGACCACUGAGCUCUGAGAAGGGUCCUGGGCAGCCUCAAGCCCCUCCGGUCACCAGCCUUCUCUGGAGCUCCACGACCAGCUGACCAGAUUGGACAUCCUCCACUUACUACAUUCCUACACUGGAUAAAAUAUUUUUCGUCACAUUUUAUUUUUGGGGGGUUCAUUUGAGUUAUUUGUUGUUUUUACCUCCCUGAUUAAGCGUCACUGGUACUUUUUGCAAGCGUAGUUUGAAACACGGUGACGCACACCUGUCAUAAAGAAGAGGGGGAGACCGUGUGGGACCAGCCUGGACGAGGACCCUGCCUGGUCCAUGCAGACACUGAGACCUCUGGCUGACGGCUGUACACCCCCCCCCUCCCCUCCGCUAACUAGACAGGUACAUGUCCACUCACACAGACGGGGGUCCAAGUCUGGCCUGUCAGCCUGCCUGUCUGAACCCACUGGAUCCAAGAGCUCUGUCUCUGUUAUGCAGCAAACCACUGGAUUAACUCUGGAGCGCUGGAACUGGACUCAUGUCGGAUUGAUUAUUACUACUGUUUUCUGACAUAUUAGUCUGUUUUUUAUUUUGUCCUGUUGAUUUAAAUCCAAUAUUCUUUUUAUUUUUUAUUUUGCUUUUACUGAGUCGAGCACCAGCAUCACCAAGUAUCAAACACCAGCAUUCAAUUUUAGAUUAUCAUCUGACCCUAUGCUGUAUUAUGAAGAACAUUAUGGCUCAGAUUAUAAGGAUGAUAAGGGCAAAAUGUAGCAUGGAAGCACGAGUUGACCCUAUGAACAUGUCAUAGUCUAACAUGUAUGUAUAGUGUAUUCACGUAUGAAAACACUGGUUUCUCCCCGCCUUAUCUAGAUGAAUGUGUAAUCAAUCUGAUAGACAAUGCUGAAAUCUACAAUGCGACACUAUCCAAGGAUAAACCACUACUUGACAUUUGUUUGUAGGCCUGAGCUGUUGUUCUUCAUCGUGCUAUGUACCCAGGGGGCUCACCGAGAGCAGCCCACUUUAUAUGUUGUCUACACACUGUCAGCCAGGUUAAAGAAUCAAUGAGGGCUGAAAGGUCACAACCCUGUUUUGCCUUUAGUCAUGUAAACUGACAGGCACUUCCUUUGUUUUGUCUCAAACUAACUCACUUAUAUCUGUCACAUUCAGAACUCGUCACACGGUUUUGUGAUUUACAUUUUACCAUCUCAUUUUGAGGUAUGGUUUAGAUAUCAUUUAAUUAGUUUAAUUCUUGCUGCUUCUUCUAGAAAUGACUUGGCAGGGAAGAUGCAGUUAUGGCAGAUGUGAAGAGAACAGAAUGCUAGAUGUUCUCAAUGGAAAUUGUUCUGAAAAAAAAUACUGCUGAUUAACUGCCUAAGAUGGAGAGAAUUUGAAUUUCACACAGUCUGCUUUUUGGUCACGUCUCUGCAAUUAUUCAAGUCUUUACAUCUUUGUAUACAUUAAAUAACCCACACAAUUUCAGUAUUCUUUCUUUUUUUUACUCACUGUAUGGAUUAUAUAAACUGAAUUGCCUGGCAAGAACAUUGUUUGUCAUUAUCUCAAAGUAUACUGUGUAUCUGCAUCACAAAUUAUUAUAGGGAUAGUGACUGACAAAUGUGAGUGAUACUGUUGCAAACAACCUAUCUAAAAUGAGGUUUUCCUAGUCUAACCAUAACACAUGCAAGUACGUACGUAACACAAGUAAGUGCAAUUUUGCGUUAGCUCUCAAAGGCUUAAUUUAUUCCUCUUUUUUGUAAGAGCACCCUUAUUCAUCCUGUGUAUUUAAAAGUACUGUAGAUGGCAGCACCGCUGUAGAUGGCAGACCACUGAUUUGUAUCAUGUAUGUAUUGAUCAAUACUUUUGAAGGAUGUGUAGUAAACCAGUAGCAAUUUUGUACAACGUAGUAAAUUCUCCAAAUAAAAAAAAAGGUAUUUUAAAAGAA